UUGUGUGAAAAGCUUGACAUGGGGGGCACAUAGGGAUUAUAAUAUUUUAUGGUUUUGUCCCUCAAAUCUUGCCAGAAACAGUGAAAACCUCACGAAAGUUUAGGACUUUUCAGGCCACCUUCUUCAAUCAAAGAGGACCCAUCAUUUCCUUUCCUUUAUUAUUAUUAUUAUUAUAAAAAAAAUUCUUUCAUCCUUUAUUUUCCUCUUUUCUUUUGUGUGCUGUUGAUGGAUCCCAAGGGCUCAAAGCAGCAGCAGCCACAGGAGGUGGUACCAAAAUUCCUCAGCCUCCCCCAACACCACUACCAACAACAAGGGAAUUCCAACAACAACAACAUGGGAGAGAACAAACCAUCAGAGGUUAAGGAUUUCCAGAUAGUGGUAGCUGCUGAGAAGGACGAGAGCAAGAAGCAGCAACAGUUGGCACCAAAGAGGAGUUCCAACAAGGACAGGCACACCAAGGUUGAGGGCAGGGGGAGGAGGAUAAGGAUGCCUGCUCUCUGUGCUGCCAGAAUCUUCCAGUUGACCAGAGAAUUGGGCCACAAAUCUGAUGGGGAAACCAUCCAGUGGCUCCUCCAGCAGGCUGAGCCAUCCAUCAUAGCUGCCACUGGGACUGGCACAAUCCCAGCAUCUGCUCUUGCUGCUGCUGGCAACUCACUCUCACCUCAAGGUUCCUCUCUUUCAUCAGCCUUACACCACCAACACCAAAAGAUUGAUGAAUUAGGUUGUGGGUCAGGUGGGAGCAGUAGGGCCAGCUGGCAGAUGGUUGGGGGGAAUUUGGGGAGACCCCAUUUGGGUGUGGCCACAACAGGCCUAUGGCCCCCCCAUGUCAGUGGAUUUGGAUUUCAGACAGCAACAACAACAACAACAACAACAUCAUCUGGUCCAUCUAAUGCCACCUUAGCCACUGAGAGCUCCAAUUACCUCCAGAAAAUUGCCUUCCCUGGCUUUGACUUGCCUACUUCUGCCACCAACAUGGGUCACAUGAGUUUCACCUCAAUUUUGGGUGGUGCUGGUUCCCAGCAGAUGCCUGGUUUGGAGCUUGGACUUUCCCAGGAUGGCCAUAUUGGGGUGCUGAAUCCACAGGCCUUGAACCAGAUUUAUCAGCAGAUGAAUCAUCAGGCUCAAGCUGGUAGAGUGCAUCAACAGCAUCAGCAUCAGCAACAACAGCAUCAGCAAACUCCUGCUAAGGAUGAUUCUCAAGGCUCAGGAGGACAGUAGUAGAGUUUUAUUAUGGAUUUGGAUGAAAAGAAAAAAGAAAGAAGCAUCAUUGUGCAGAUGCUGGCUGAGGUUUCUACAAUGGCUUUUGUAUUGUAGUAUAAUUGGGAGACUGUGAGGAAAAGAAAAAGGUGUCUCAGAGAAUUCAAUAGAAAGCUGGAUUUGGUUUAGCCCCUUAUUGUUCCUUCUCCCCAGUACUCAAGUCUCCAUAUACAGGUGGAAUUGCAUGGCCAGAUGGCUUGGCUGCUUUGGUCUGGCCUUAAAACUAUUGUUUAAUUCAGAGGUGUGUUGAUUAUUUUGUUCUUCUCUAGGACAGGGUGGAGUGCUGAGAUCGGUUUGUUUUGUGAAUUUGAAGAUAUAGUUUCAUAAUCAUAUUUGUCAAAUUUCAUAUUGGAUCUGGUAUUUAGUACGUUUAUCAUCUGGGAAAUUUUAAUCUUUGUGUGGAACAUCACUUGCAAGUUACAUCUGUGAAUCUGUCAACUAGUACUUUAUCAUCUGUGAUUUA